CUCGAAAUCUAGCUAGCGCGCGAUGACAGGAACGCGCGGUCUCGCUCGCGGGCGAUAACGAUCGCCGUUAUCGGCGGCAUGACGGAUCCGCGAUAAGGCUCAUCGUCGGUGAACGCGUUACGCGUCGUCGUCGUCGAGUACGCGGGAGGGACGACACGAUGAUGAUGACCGAGUUGGAGCACGCGAGGCAGUACCUCAGUCUGCAGAUCAAUGAAGUUGUCUGCUGGUGGUGGUGCUACAUCAGGGAGAUCUCGUGGCAGCUGUUGAUCGCCCUGGUGGCGUACCUCUGCGUGUGCGUCUUCCUCUAUGCAGUCCUGAAGAGAGUGGGCCACGCUGCCUGGCAGCUACCGGGCCCACCCGGCAGGCUUCUUCUAGUCACCGCUCACCCGGACGACGAGGUGAUGUUCUUCGGUCCGCUGGUCUAUUGGCUCGCGCGUUCCAAGGCCAGCGAAGUCUACCUGCUGUGCUUAUCCAUGGGUGGGGACAGAAGGAGAAUAGACGAGCUGUGGGCAUGUACGAGGGUGCUGGGCAUCCCAGCAGCCAAUGUAACGAUUAUUAUGAGUAGCGAGCUGCCGGAUGAUCAAGGCGUACAGUGGCCGACGGAUGUGGUGGCCGAGAGCAUUUUGCAAUACGUAGAAAUGUACAGGAUCAACGCCGUGGUGACGUUCGACAAGCACGGCGUGAGCCGGCACAAGAACCACAUCUCCCUGUACUUCGCGAUCGCCGCACUGUGCAUCGAGAAAAAAGUACCUCCUUAUUGUAAGCUGUACGUGUUAGAGUCGGUCAACGUAAUCAGGAAGUACAUCCAGCUUUUAGAUCUGCCCAUCAGUCUCCUCUCAGCCUCGUACUGGUAUCUGGUGACGUACGAGCAGAGGCGAACGAUCAAGGGUGCUAUGGUCGCGCACAAGUCCCAAUACGUCUGGUUCCGCAAGUUGUACAUGGUCUUCUCGCGAUAUACGUUUAUCAAUACCCUCCAAGAAGUCAGCGCCCUCGACCUGGAGCUGGACCUUCAGUUCGACUGAGAAGCCGCGAGACGCGCAAAAAAACGAAGAGCUGUACAAAAUGUGUAAAUGCGUUCGUUGUACAUACUUUGUCUACUGUACAUUACGAGUGAGGAAGAAAUGAGAAUUACAUAGAAAAAGGAAAGGAUAUGUACAGACACGAAGACACACACACACACACACACACACACGCAGGAACGUACCUCAAGCGGGAAAUAUUUUUUUAUUCAUUAAUAUAUAAUAGAAUAUACAUCGCAAUUAAAUAUUUUCCGAACGAGAACACGGCCUUUAGGCCGUAACAAUAAAUCAGUUUUCCUUCUUAAAAUAAAAAAAUACAUGCUGUGUGCCGUUCUAUCCUCUUCUAUUGUAUACCUUCAUACUGCGUACGAAUUCAAGUGUCAAAAAAUUGUCAUUUGAUAUGUACUCGUCAGGUGUGUAUUAUAAUAAAGUAAUCUACAGCUAUCAUAAA